CAACCUCCACCUCCCCCCCGCCCACCGGCCGGCCAUUUAUCUCCAAUAAAACACCAAUCCUCUUCCAAACCAUUUCCCCCCGCCGAACCUCCUCCUAAUUAUCGAGGGGUUUGUGACAGGCGGGGAAAACCCGGAGCCGGAUUUCUUCCCCCAACCGACCUGGGGCAGGCUCCGGAUCCUAGGCCCCGGGUUCAAACAGAAUCGAAGGGCCCGGCUCGUCCCGGGUAUUACACCCUCCGCCCCGCUCCCUUGGCCUCGGUGCACAGGCUUCCCCGGGAGCCGCCGCCGAGAUGCUGCGGUCCCUCUGGAGCUUCAUCAAACGCCACAAAAAGAAAUUCCUCUUCACCGGAGCCUUCGUGGGAGGUGUGUACUUGCUGGGGAAGUAUGCCCAAAAGAAGCUGCGGGAUCUACAGGAGCGUGAAGCAGCUGAGUACAUCGCACAGGCACGACGGCAGUACCAUUUUGAGAGUAACCAACGGACUUGUAACAUGACGGUGCUGUCAAUGCUGCCGAAUCUGAGGGAAGCAAUUGUGCAGCAGCUGAAUUCGGAGAGUCUGACUGGCCUGCUGAAAAACAGGCCUCCCAACAAGUUGGAGAUAUGGGAGGAUCUCAGAAUCAUAAGUUUUAGCAGGAGUAUUGUAGCUGUGUAUAGCACCUGCAUGCUAGUGGUCCUCUUACGAGUCCAAUUAAAUAUCAUUGGAGGAUAUAUCUAUCUGGACAAUGCAGCGGUCGGGAAGAAUGGCACUGCCCCUUUAGCACCUCCUGAAGUACAGCAGCAGUAUCUGUCAAGUAUACAACAUCUUCUUGGAGACGGUUUGAGUGAACUAAUAACAGUGGUGAAGAAAGCUGUGCAGACUGUGAUUGGAAGCGUGUCGCUGAAGCAGUGUGUGUCGCUCCAGGAGCUAGAACGGUACCUAGGUGAGAUUCGACAGCUGGUCGAGCAGCGCAGUCAGUCUGGUGAGCUGGAGACCGACACCAGCAGGCCCUCGCUGUGUUGGUAUUUAAUUCCCAAUGAAGAGAGCACCUUGGCCUCCCAGGCCUGCGGUUUGACAGAGAAAGAUAUAACCACAUUGAAACUGCUAAAUGAAACUAGAGACAUGCUGGAGAGUCCAGACUUCAACACAGUUUUAAAUUCCUGCUUGAAUCGGGGAUUUAGCCGAUUGUUAGACAACAUGGCAGAGUUUUUCAAGCCAACAGAAGAAGAACUGACUCAAAAUGGAAAGAUCAACAGCUUGUCCAACGUUAAACUUCCCCUCGCUAAAAUCAUCCCGAUUAUUAAUGGACAGAUCCAUUCGACCUGCAGUGAGACACCUAACCAUUUCGUUCAGGACCUGCUGCUGAUGGACCAGGUAAAGGACUUUGCUGCCAAUGUCUAUGAAGCAUUCAGCUCCCAGCCUCAACAGUUCGAGAAGUGACCCUCAGCCAGCAGCUCUCAGCACAGUGAAGGGCACUCCAGAUGGAUCUCAAUCCCUCCUUCCCCAAGAUUGCAGGAUGUGCUUCCUCUCAGUCCUGCAACGCUCUUGUGAUGGAGGUGCCAGUGCUGUAUUCAUCAUCCUGUAACUAAUGGCUGUGUGUCAUUAACCUUUUCUGAAUCUUUACAGACAUGAUUACAUUAAUCUGCCUGUAACUAUUUUGUAUCCUACUGUUAUUUGUAUCAUUGUAUUGUAGAUUAUAAUCUGUGUGGAGCUGGACGCAGGAUUCUUCAGGUAGUGUGGGUAAACAUUUUUACUGCAGUAUGUUCCAGCUCAGAUUCUAACUAAUUACAUGAACAGUAAUAUAUGUUGCCAGCUGGUAUCCCUUUCUUUGAUGUCAAUAGUUUGAUUUCCUUGACCAAAAAAAAACUCCUUGUUUUAGUAGUAUCUAGUAUUAAAAGAAUAAACACUAAGGCCAUUUCAUUGACCAAGUUGUAUUGUUAUGAAAAUGGAGGCGGUAAUGUGUUCAGAGAAUAAAGAGUACUAAAUAUUUUGUAAAA